UAUAACCAAAACACAAAUUACUUAUCGAAGAAAUAAUACAAAACAAUGAAGACCGCAUCGUUAGCAUCAUUGGUUCUUAUUCUCUUAGCCUUGAGCUCACAAUCACUACUUGGAGAGGCUGAAACUUCACCUGAGCAAGUGCUUGACACAUCAGGCAAAGUUCUCCGGGAAGGUGUCAAUUACAACAUUCUCAUAUCCAUGCCCUACACAAGUUGUAGAAGUCCACAAGGCCUUGGCCUCUCAAAGAUUGGUAACUCAUGCCCUCUUGAUGUCGUGGUUGUGGAUAUAAACCAUCGCUUGCCACUUAGGUUUAUACCUGUUAACCCUAAAAAAGGCGUUAUUCGUGUGGCUACUGAUCUCAACAUCAUGUUCCCUGAUCGUAACGUGACUUGUCCUCACCAUUCCACAGUGUGGAAGGUUGAUAAUUUUCAUGUUUCUAAGGGACAUAGGUUGGUGACCACUGGAGGUGUUGUUGGAUACCCUGGUAGGGAAACUAUUGGCAAUUGGUUCAAGAUUGAGAAGUAUGAUGGUGCUUAUAAUUAUAAACUAGUGUAUUGUCCCAGCGUAUGCCCUUCAUGCAAGCACGAGUGCAAGAAUGUUGGGAUGGUUGUGGAUCAGAAUGGGAACCAGCGUUUGGCACUAAGUGAUGUUCCCUACCAAUUUAGAUUCUUCAAGGCAUAACCAAAGCUCCUCUAUCUUGUUAUGCACAAACAACUAUUUAUAUGUACUUCCUAAUAAUGAUGUGUUCGUUCAAAGUUUAAUUUAUCUGGACAUACCUAUGAUGGGUUUCCUUGCUAAGAAAUAAAUAAUAAAUAAGUAUUUGGAUAAAAUAAAAAAAAUGUGUUUUUUCUAA